GUCACCGCCCACGUACCCUUUGCGUCGUCUGCACACUACUCACGGCCUGGUGGGAAGGGAAAAGAGUGCCCAAGAUGGUCGGAGACGUGCUGUUGAUACUGGGUUGUAUCGCUAUUCUCCAUGCUGCCUUCUCGACAUACGAGCACUUGUCCCACUUGAAGGCCCUUGGCAGACCGGAGGGAGCCCUGCCUGCCGAUAUCAUCGUCGAGGCCUUCGUCGCGCUGGCCCUGGGCACGUUGUGCGCGACGCUCCGCACCGACGAGCUGCGCGAGAUAACCUGGCGGAGCGAGAUGAAGAGGCGGUCGCUAGACGACAUCGACCCCCGGCUAUCCUUCGCGACCUUUGCGCAGAGAGCAGGCCUGUCCCGUGCAGAGCCGAAACCCGAAAAGUCGUGACCGUUCGCGUCCAGAUGUCCGAGUACUACUAUUC